AUGCAGGUCCUUCUGCCUGGAAAGCCCUUUCUCUUCCCUUUUCCCUGGUUAACUCUUAUUCCUUACUCAGUUCUCAAGUCAGAAUUCAUUUCCUCCUGUAAGCCUUCUUUGGUCUUCCCCCCAACUCUACUCUGGGGUAUGUUCCCCGUGCUUCCUUCACAUGACGCUGGCCUGUUUGUGUGCCUGUCUUCUCAACUAUGGAUUAUUAAAAGACAGAGACUCAGUUCCUCAAAUCCCCAGCACUUAGCCUGGGCCUGGUCUGAUGGGAGCUCAGGCCAUGCUUUUGAGCAAAUGACUGGUAAUAUCAGCUAA